AUGCGUGCCGCGCCCCUCCUUGUCUCCCCGCCCCUCCCCGGGCGGGGAGGGGAGGGCACAGGGGGAGGAGGGAUAGGUAGCGGGCCGGCCUCGCGCGUGCGCAGGCGCGCCGUCUCCGCCCCCUCCCCCCCCGGAGGCGUCUGGGUGUGCGGACCGCGCGCGCGCGCGAGUCUCGGAGGCGCACCUGUGAGGUGUCCCCCCCCCCCGCCCCCGGGGAGAGGGCCGUGGGCGCGCGCGCGGAGUCGCACUCGGGAGGGAGUUGGACCCGGCCGACGCCCCGCACCGUCCCGGCCCCGAGGCCGCCCAGCGUCCCGCCGAGGUGAUGAGGACCCCCCCGCAGCCCCAGCAAGCCUGGCUGCUGCCGCCGGACGCCUCCAUUGUCUGACCACCGCCUGGGCUCCCCCGGCUCCCCGCAGACCUGCAAGUCCAAGAGACGUCCCUCUGGAAGAUGAGAGAGCUGCCUCUUCAGGAUCCAAAAAAAGAAAACCAGCGUGCUACUGUAUAGAGUUCCCAGGAGCAAGGCUGGCUGUCCUUGGAGCAAGGAACCUCCAUGCUGUCAAGACCUGCCAUCUGAUGGGCAGGAAGCAGAGUGACAUUCUGACUCUUCUGAGGGUGCUACCGGGACUCACCACCAGCUGGCACCUUCUGCCCUGGACAGACAGAUCGCACUACACAGGCUUUGUUUUAUGAGUGAGAAGUCGAAGAGUACUGCACAUCGGAGAGACUCCAGGAGCUCCGAACAAAGCUUCCUCAUCCCUGCCCCUGGAAUGUUGACCACAGGGGAUCUAAAGGAAAGAAAGCUCUGGGCUGGUGAGCUAUGGGAUUCUUAUGAAAGCCAGUGCGACUUCGUAAUCAGUAAGAACUCUGAGUGAGGAACACUAUGCAGGAAGAAGCCUUCCACAGAAAGACAGGCAGGGAGAAGCUGAGGCUGACGGUAAGCUUGCCCAGUAGAGCGAGCCUGAGAUAGAUUGCCAAGAUGGCAAAAUAAGAGGCUUUAUGAAGUAGCAGUCCUGGAACUCAUAGUUGUAAGGACACUUUCUUCUCUAAGUCACAAUACCAAAUAGGAAAAAUGAUCUACAAGUGCCCCAUGUGCAGGGAAUUCUUCUCUGAGAGAGCAGAUCUUUUUAUGCAUCAGAAAAUCCACACAGCAGAGAAACCCCAUAAAUGUGACAAGUGUGAUAAGGGUUUCUUUCACAUAUCAGAACUUCAUAUUCAUUGGCGAGACCACACAGGAGAGAAGGUCUAUAAAUGUGAUGAUUGUGGUAAGGAUUUUAGCACGACAACAAAACUGAAUAGACAUAAGAAAAUCCACACUGUGGAAAAGCCCUAUAAAUGCUAUGAGUGUGGCAAAGCCUUCAACUGGAGCUCCCAUCUUCAAAUCCACAUGAGAGUCCACACUGGCGAGAAGCCGUAUGUCUGCAGUGAGUGUGGGAGAGGCUUCAGUAAUAGUUCUAACCUUUGUAUGCACCAGCGAGUCCACACUGGGGAGAAGCCCUUCAAAUGUGAAGAGUGUGGGAAAGCCUUCAGGCACACCUCCAGCCUCUGCAUGCAUCAAAGAGUCCACACUGGAGAGAAGCCCUAUAAAUGUUACGAGUGUGGGAAGGCCUUUAGUCAGAGCUCCAGCCUCUGCAUCCACCAGAGAGUGCACACAGGGGAGAAGCCCUAUAGGUGUUGUGGGUGUGGGAAGGCCUUCAGUCAGAGUUCUAGCCUCUGCAUCCACCAGAGAGUGCACACAGGGGAGAAACCUUUUAAGUGUGAUGAGUGUGGCAAGGCCUUUAGCCAGAGUACAAGUCUUUGCAUCCACCAGAGAGUACACACCAAGGAGAGAAACCAUCUCAAAAUAUCAGUUAUAUAAAGAUGUUUUGCUAAGAAUUAAAAAUCUUAAACCCGUAAGUGCCACUAGGAAGGAAACCCCAAAUCCACCUACAUUGACCCCGGGAACAUCUACAGCAGUUCCCAGAAGAACAUUCUUUCUGAGGAGGUUUAGGUGAGGUUGUGUUUUUCUGAACUUGGAAUUUCUUUGUAUGUGCCCAAGAUGGAGUAUUGUGUCCCUGUCAUGGGUACGUGUUUCCUGGGACUCUGGCAACAUGCCUCAGCAGCUGAAAGAAUCCUUAAAACUCACGAGUCUUGCUUAGCCUCUGAGUCACCUUCUAUCUGUGCUGUGCUUCCAGGCAACGCCAGACACCCCCUUUUGGACCACACGCUCCUUCCUUUAUUCAAGCCUACCUACCGGUCAGUGCAUUUAAAGAUGGACAGCUCCCUUGAAGGCCAAGUCCUGGUAUUUCUGAGGUUGCCACUUGACUCAAUCCUGACAUAGCUUUCCAUAUAUCCCAUUACUUCUGAAUCCACCUUACCUCGUGUCCUCAGAGUACCUAUAAACACCUACCCCUUCCUAGAUGGCAUUAAAUUUCAUUUUAGAUUUUAGGAAAGUCAUAAUAUGCACUCACUCAGCCGAUCAGGAAAUCACUGGCAGAUGUACAUGCUCUGGAACUUUUCUUUAGUUUGUGGACUCUGCUAAUCACUGUGUCUCUAAGUUAGACUUUUUUCCUAGUGGCUGCGUCACAUGCUUUAACUUGAAAUUUUUUUUAAGUAGCUGAAUGUAUAUAUCAGGGAGGAAGAAGCAAGCAAACUGAGCUUGUCUGCUUCAAGAGUGACCCUCUUGGGCUCCUUUUAUAAAUGGCGGGGUUCCCUACCAGCUGGGGAGGCCUUGGGAGGGCUGACUGGGGAGUCACUGAGGAUGGAUCUGUCAUCUCAGGCAAUAAUGUGUAGAUGUCAUCAUGGAUCACAUACAGUUCUUUUUAGGCAUGAGUGUGUAUUGCUGACCCAUCCUCCUCAUUCAUUCACUGAGUAUUUAUUGAACGCCUCCUGGGUGUCGGACAUGUACUGGGUGCUGGGAAUGCCACUGGAUCAUGAAAUUCACCUCUGGAGGAAACGGGAUAACAAGUUAACACAUAAAUAAUGUAGUUUGCAGUAGUGAUUAAGUGCUAUGAGAAAUAAACUAGGGUGGUAUGUAGAGGGGGGUGGGGGGCCAGGUAGCAAGGGUCAGAAACUCUGCGCUGAAGGUGCUGGGGCCAGGUGAGGGAGCAGUGUGAGUACACAGCACAGGUGCUGCUGGCCCUGGGGACGAGAUGCAGGUGCUGGAGGGAGUUUGGGGAGGGAGGCAGGCGCUGAGCCGUGAGCUUAGCGCCUAGCAUUUAUGGGCCUGUUGUGUUUAUUUUGUUUCUACUGACUGAUGCUAAAACUCUCGGAGGAACUCGAGGGAUGUUGAGAAGACCAAAAGUCCCCGGGGACACCGACACAAAGCUCCCAUAGCCGUUUCCUUCUCAUUCCCGUUCUCGGUCUCCCACAUGCAGUCAUUUGCUCAGGAAGUCUUUGGGGAAACUAAUGACCUGUAAGUCUGAAGUGGGUGACUGGCUUGGUGGCUUCUGCCAGCCAUUUAAGGCUGGAGAAAGAACUUCCCAGAUGGUCAGAAAUACAAGACUGCUUGGUUUUUCUCUGCAGGUUUGUUUUUUUUUUGUUUGUUUGUUUGUUUUGUUUUGCUUUUUAGGUGUUUGGCUGGAAGAGGCUGUUGUAAGACUGAAGCCUUGGUGUGUAGAGGAGGCUUGAUCGGAGCACACAGUCAGUGGGUUGUGUUUGGGCAUGAAUCUGUUACCGUGCAUUUCAGUGCAGACGCCUUCAGGCAAGCCUCUGGCCCACUGGUCACUGCCUUCCCCCUCUCCAGAGGGCUAUUGACUCACAAAGCCCCUUCCAGGCCUCACAGCCACCACAGCAAUUUACUGUAGUGUCUUAACUCAAUGUCACCACAGCGUGGAGCAUUAGAGGAAAGCCUAGACUUUGAGUUGAUAGAGAGCCAGUUGAAUAUCAUCGAUAGAAUCUUAGUUUUAGGAAGAAUUGGUUUGAUUUCUAGCUUUAUUACUACUAGGUAUGUAAGCUUGGGCAAAUCGCUUAAUCUUCAGGUCUAGUUUUCUCACAGAAUGAGGACACUGGACUAAAUGAUUUCCCAAUUUCCAGCUAGUCCUAGAGUUCUAUAUUUCUACAUAGUUGAAUUAUUUUAUCAUGCUGUUGCUGGGAAAUACAACUAACACUUUUGAAGCUACUAAUUUUAUGUCAAGCUUUAAAGUCCAUAAUUGUUAUCUUCAGAAAAUAUUAUUUGACCUACAGUAUGUCUAAAUCAAUUUAAUAAAAUCACUUUAUAACAGGG